UAACGAUGAGUUUAUUUCUGCGCUAGUUGUCUAAUUGUUUUGUAACGGUAUUAGAAAUCGUUACAUGUGACGUUACUAAUGGGAGUUUGUUUUUUUAUUGCAGGGCAACAAAUAGUAAACGUACUAGAAGAAGAGGAACAAGCCUUACGAAAGAUAAACCUGCAGAACAAUAAGUAAACUUCGAACGGGCGUGGGUUCGAAUCCUACCCACAUCAUACUUGUAGCACGUACUAUUAGCGUUUAUCUACGAGCAGGAGCGAUCUGAAAAACAACACGAUAGUCAGGACCGGUUAAUACCACCGAAGCAAGAACACGGAGUAGACUCAACAGAAUUUAUUUAUUUAUUUAUUUAAACACAUAAAUAUUGGUACAAGGGGGCACCAAAUAUAUAUGUGCCACACAAAACAAUGAGAAUUUAAAGAGAAGGAAAAAGGUGUAAGGAACGUUGGGAAUUAUCAAAAAAAAGAGAGAGAGAACAAUGAUGAGGAAAACGGAAAGGUACAAUCCGAAGAAAUCUUUCAGUUAAGGAAAAUACAACCACUUUUUAUGAAGAAAGUAAAAGGUUACAGCAGGAUCGCCACUGGCUUUUAUUCUGAGCCAUAUCUGAUAACGUCUCUAGCCACUGUGUUACGCCAUCUCUAGGACCCCAGCCAGGGUGUCGUGAAGGACCAACACAAGCCAGCCCUUUGCAGCUUUCUUUCAUACCACGACACCAUGUCAUAUACUGACCACCUCUCCGCUUUUUCCAACCAGUCCCAGAGUCGGCAAAUAAUGCACGACGUGGAAUUCUCUGGGACGACAUUCGUAGAACAUGUCCAAGCCACGGAAGUCGGUGUUUCAAGAUGGUGACACUAAUGGAAUUAUCGUCUCUGUGCCCGAACACACGAUGCCGAACCUCUGCAUUACUAACAUGGUGUUGCCACUGAAUGUCAGCAAUCCUUCGGAGACAGCGAUGAUCGAGCACAGAGAGUCGUCUAACAUCCUCAGCUCGGAGAGGCCAGGUUUCACAAGCAUAGAGCAGAACUGCUCUCACCGUCGCGUUGUAGAUCCGACCUUUUACAGCCAGACUAACAUCACGAAGGCGCCAAAGAUGGCCCAGAUUGGCAUAAACCGCUCUGGCUUUCACUAUACAUGCAUUGAUCUCAUCACUCACGCCACCACCAGCACUUAUGCAGCUAACCAGAUAUUUCUAUCUGCUCACCAUCCAGAGUGAGUACAGGAUUAGAAUCCUGCCAGUCUUGUAGAAGUACUUUGCACUUCGAAGGUGCCAAGCACACACCAUACCUACGGAUAUUGAUUGCCAACUGAUUAAGUGCGGAUUGCAUGGCUUGGGCAUUCUCGCACAGUAAGACAAUAUCAUCCGCAUACUCAAGGUUGAGAAGUCUUUCUCCAGGCAACAGAUCCACACUACCAUUACUUACAUCCAUCAGAGCUGUUUCCAGAAUGUCACCGAUGGCAAAGUUGAAGAGGAAUGGUGAGAUUGGGCAACUCUGCCUAACCCCAUUGCUUGAAUGGAACAAUGGAGAGAGGUGGUUGUAUGCCCUCACUCUGCCUGAGGUGUUUGUAUAUAGGGCUUUCAAGAUGUUAAUAAACUUCUCAGUCACACCCUUCUUCAAUAGACAAUCCCAGAGAACAGUUCUGUCCAACGAAUCAAAGGCAACAUGAUGACACAACAGAAAUAUAUUUAGGAAUUGAAAGACGCGGUUCGAGUACAAAAAAGGGAAUCUUAUUACAAAAUGGGUUUAUUCAUUGUUCUGCAGGUUCAGCAUGCGUAAGGCUUGUUCCUCUUCUCGUACGUUUACUCUUUGUUGCCCUGAAAUAAGGAAAACAAACACACUAGUAACGUCACAUGUAAUGAUUUCUAAUACCGUUACAGUUUAUGUGGUUUAGAAGUUUUAUUCUUAGGGUUUCUUUUUACUUGUUGGUAUAUUGUUUGUCGUUUUAGUUGCAUUCAUUCGUAAAUUCAAGUGGUUUUCAAGUGUACGUACUGUCAUUGGUUCAAGUGUUAUAUAUCCUUGCUUCCAAAUUCCUUCGAAUACUUAUUUUGUUGAUAUUCUUAACAGCAAUCUCCCACCGUUUCGUACAAAAGCCUUCAUAAGAAGAAGCUUUCAGUCACUUGAUGUUUUAUUCGGGUCGCCACUUGGUGUCUUUUGACGGAAAAGACCGGAACUUAAACAUAGAUAUCGAGCUAGGUUGUUCUUCGGACCUAAAAAAGGAUCUAGAAAUAAGAUUGACAGAUGACGAUGACUUUUAUUUUCUUUAUUCCGUUAGAAUUACAGUUGAUGAGUUUACCGAAAUUAAGCAGCAACAAGGGUUGCUCAUUAAUUUCAAUGAAUUUGAACAGAAAGUAGCAGAUCUCUUGUGUAUUUGUUCAAAAGAGGAGGCUGUCGAAAGUCCUAAAUAUGGACUUCGGUUUUCCAGAAGCACUAAGGAAAGAGAUUGCGGUUUAUUGCAAAUAGUUGAGGCCACCAAUUUCAAAUAUCUUCACCAUUUGAGUCUCAAUUUGUAUGCAGCUGAUGACGAAAAGCUGAAACUAUUUCUAGCUAGCCGUUUAAAAAAACAUAAAACCGAAAGUGAUGCCAUUAUCAAGCAACUUAGCCAUUCCGUAUCCGAGCUGACGUCGUCCCUAAAAUCUGCAGAGGAGGGUACGAAGUUAAUAAUAGACGAGUUUCAAGCGUUCAAAGUAGCAUGUUCAGCUAAAGAAAUUAGUCUUCGCGCUGAGAAUGAGUUUGCUAUCAAGGAAUUGCAAUCGAAACAUGAUGAGGUAAAAACGAAGUUAGAAGAAUCUCUUUCCAAAGAAAAGGAUUUAGCCAAUCAAAUACAAGAGGAGCUUCAAAAGGACUUUAAAAGUCGUUUGGAUGUAGCAUUGAACAACAACAAAAAUCUACUGGAUCAUCAGUCUGUCCUCCAAACACGUGUAGAAACACUCCAGGAGAAACUGAAGUUUGCAGAAACUGAAAAUAUUUCUUUAACUGAAGAUAUCAAAGUUGUACGUUCUCAGUUGAAUACAACCAACCGGGCAUAUGAUCUACAAACGGAAGUGGUCAAUCAGUUACAGAGUAAAAUAUCUAUGCUAGAAGAAAAUAUGAUUAUCAAAGGCAAACAAAUACUGGACUUAGAAAAUUCGUUAACUAAAGAGCACGAACAAAAGUUGCAUUUACUUGAACAAUCAGAACAACAUUGUCGUAACAUACAAAAUUUGGAGAAACAUUUAGCUUCGAAUACGGAGGAAAUAAAUAAAUCAAAUGAAAUCAUUAAACGCUUACAAAGUGAAGUCAAAAGUUUCCAAACAAAGGCUAAAUUACGUGGUCAAGUAGCAGCGGAACAGGAGCGUUUACUAGUUUCCAAAGACUCUGAAAUUCAGAGACUACAUACCGAACUAGAUAAAUUAAGAUCGGAAAUCACGGAUGUCAAAGAGCGCAACACUCAGAUUGUUGAAGAGCAUGAUCAAGCCUUGCAAAGUUUAACAGAUGCUCAGAAAACAAUCAAGUCCAAUGAAAUAAUUAUCGCUUGGUUGAAUCGUCAGAUUGCCGAGAACGAUUCAGAUUAUGUACAAAACCGCUUGAAGCUUUCAGCGUUCCCAGCAAUAAGUGUGUCUUCUGGAGUAGUUGGUCCUCCUCCUCCUAUUAAUUCACUUACAGUUGUUUCUUCUGGAAGCGAGAAACCCUCAUCAUUCGAAACUACUCCUUCAUACAUCCCAUUAACGCAAAAUUCAAAAGCUUCUCGUUUAGUCCCUUUAUUUGAUACACAUACAUCUGUAAUGGUGUCUUCAUCUUCAAAUAGCAAUAUCUUGCAAACAGUUGACCAAAGACUCAUAGAAGUACCCAACAGUUCGAAAAAUAAUUUAUAUGUGAAAAAUAUUUCUUCUGCAAUGGAUAAUACGACUCUCCCGUCUACAAUACUUACUACUCACCCACCAAUAUCCACUUCGAGCUGUGUGAUCCCUAAAGAAAAUUGUGACUUAUUCCGUGUUACAGAUGCAAUUAAUUACCCCUAUUCGGGUUCUUGUAUCCCACCCGAAAUUCCUGACAAUUUGACCACAGGAUUUGCCGAUCGGAAUGGCAAAUCACGAAAUAUUUUUGAUCAGAAGAUAUCAUCGACCAAGUGCCUAGAAUCCUUCGAUUAUACUAAUGAUCAAAACUAUCAUCAACAAUCACUGGCUUCUGCAUAUUUUCCUCAAGUAUCUCUUUGAUUUUCUGUUUGUUAUCAUUCAACCUUCAAGUAAAAUAAGCUAAAUAGUUUGUUUCACAUUUUUACAACUGGUAAAUCUGCAAUUUACCGAUCAGUUUGGUUGCACUUUUCUGUGUUCGUAUUCUCAACUUAUAGUCUGUAAAUUUUCUGUGAAGCUAGUGAAUAAAAUGUCAUCUGUUUGCCUAGUUAA